AUGGGCAAGAAGUCGAACCGUUUCUUGGGUUUCACCUCUCCUCCAUCUCUGCCCAGGCACCCAUGGAUCUAUGUCAAUGACCCGACGACCAACACUCCCCAUGUCUCCAGUCUCAAGGGCAUCAUUGGUGAUUGCAGCAUCUUGCACCGCUCAAAUGACGGAGACGCCAACUUCGAGGCCCGGGAAAGGCUUGCUGCCAGUCUUGACACGCUCAAAGACGACGCCUUUGGCGCCGGCCAGAACGUGAUGCUAAUCACCGAGAACCUCGCAGACUCCAAGACUACUGACAAGCUCGAGACCGCUACCACGAUCCGCGAGCAGGCCAUCAAGGGUGGGCGCAACUUUGCCAGUGUGAAUCUAUACCUUCAGGAUGGCACAAAGGAGAAUGACAAGGCGACAUGGGGACCAAAUCAUCUUGAAUUGGCUAUCACGAAUAUGACGGUCAGGGAAGUUGCGCAAAAGAUCUAUAGCUGGCUGUUCACCGUCCUCUCCCCGACCGAGCAUGUCCAUCUCCUCCCGAUUGCCAAACUCCAGGCAGUCGACAAGCAGCACUUCGCAGACUACGACUACUGCGCGAUUGCUGAUACCAAGAGCCACUCAAAGGAUGCCAAGAUCCAGUUUGUGGCUGUUAUCGUCACGAAGCCCGUCGUCAUCCCGAACACCCAGCGUCUACAAUGGACUGUGGCGGACAAGUCUGGCUUGGGAAAUUUCUACUUCCAAUACCGCGGCGACACUUCCCAAUACACUUGGGACUGGGUCCUUGCCCUCAGACCAGGUGACAUCAAAGCCCUUCCCCGCAUGCCAAUGAUUCAAGUCAAGGAAUCCCGCCGCGUACGCAUCGCCAAAUUCCCGCUCCGUGCUGCAGGCUCCGCGAUCUCCGGAGUCGGCCUCGCCCUCAAGACCGUUGGUCAUGGCGUCGCCAAGCUCGGCGAUAUCACUUCCAUGGGGAAGUCCUCUGAGUGGGUCCCUUCGGGUGAUGUUGUCGUCGCCAAGGACGGCAAGAUGAAGAAGAUCGACUGGUCAGCGACAUUCGAGAAGGAAAGCAAGGACAGAACGGCCAAGGUGAAGGCGGCCAUGAAGAAAGAGACCCCGCCGAAGGAAAAGCACAGUGAGGCGGAGAGUGACAGGAGCACCCUGAGAUGGAGCGAGUAUGAGAAUGAGAAGGCCAUCAUAUCGGAGAAGGAAUUCUGCUAG